GUAAAUGGCAAUAGCCCAUUUGGAUUUGGCGCUGCUUUAGCUACUGCCGAUGCAAACGUUCUUCUACGUGACCUUGCGUUCUCAGCGUGCCCGAUACACCUAAUGGGGCCCUUUGGAUAAUUGGCUUUGCGUUAGGGCGCAGCGGCAGCGCAUAUGCGUGUGCAAAUGCGGACAAGUCGCCGGUGAUCGCAAAACGCGACCCUAGUUUGGGUCUCACUCGCCAAGCGCUGCGACCGCCUCGUCAGUUUUGCAGCAUACGGCCAUUGGGUUCCCCUAUCAGCAAUGCCAAUGCGGGAUGUGCGCCAACGUGCGGUCCGCACAGAAAGCGAGGAUGAAGCCGCGCGGAUGAGGUUGUCGUACGAGCUCGCGGCCGGGAGAAAGCGGGCUCGCGCGCCUUCCUUCUUUACACUUCGGGUUGAACACUUGUGCAACCUCGCACAAGUAACCGUCUUGUCGCACCGUUUCGGUCGCAAACACUCCACUCGCUACCAUGGCCCUGAUGAUGAAGUCGUCGGCCAGCCUGAAGGCUGUGUCCGCUGGCCGCUCUCGCCGCGCCGUCGUUGUGCGCGCCGGCAAGUACGAUGAGGAGCUGAUUAAGACCGCUGGCACCGUUGCCUCCAAGGGCCGCGGUAUCCUGGCCAUGGACGAGUCCAACGCCACCUGCGGCAAGCGCCUGGACUCCAUCGGCGUGGAGAACACCGAGGAGAACCGCCGCGCCUACCGCGAGCUGCUGGUGACCGCCCCCGGCCUGGGCCAGUACAUCUCCGGCGCUAUCCUGUUCGAGGAGACCCUGUAUCAGUCCACCGCCUCCGGCAAGAAGUUCGUCGAUGUGAUGAAGGAGCAGAACAUCGUGCCCGGCAUCAAGGUCGACAAGGGCCUGGUGCCCCUGUCCAACACCAACGGUGAGAGCUGGUGCAUGGGCCUGGACGGCCUGGACAAGCGCUGCGCUGAGUACUACAAGGCCGGCGCUCGCUUCGCCAAGUGGCGCUCGGUCGUCUCGAUCCCCCACGGCCCCUCGAUCAUCGCUGCCCGCGACUGCGCCUACGGCCUGGCCCGCUACGCCGCCAUCGCCCAGAACGCCGGUCUGGUGCCCAUUGUGGAGCCCGAGGUCCUGCUGGACGGUGAGCACGACAUCGACCGCUGCCUGGAGGUGCAGGAGGCCAUCUGGGCCGAGACCUUCAAGUACAUGGCCGACAACAAGGUCAUGUUCGAGGGUAUCCUGCUGAAGCCCGCCAUGGUCACCCCCGGCGCUGACUGCAAGAACAAGGCCGGCCCCGCCAAGGUUGCCGAGUACACCCUGAAGAUGCUGCGCCGCCGCGUGCCCCCCGCCGUCCCCGGCAUCAUGUUCCUGUCGGGCGGCCAGUCCGAGCUGGAGUCGACCCUGAACCUGAACGCCAUGAACCAGAGCCCCAACCCGUGGCACGUGUCGUUCUCGUACGCCCGCGCUCUGCAGAACACCGUUCUGAAGACCUGGCAGGGCAAGCCCGAGAACGUCCAGGCGGCCCAGGCUGCGCUGCUCAAGCGCGCCAAGGCCAACUCGGACGCUCAGCAGGGCAAGUACGACGCCACCACCGAGGGCAAGGAGGCUGCCCAGGGCAUGUACGAGAAGGGCUACGUCUACUAAGCAGCUCGCUUUCCAUUUCGCAAAACCUGCGAAAUUGCUGGUCGCCAGCUAGUCUGUGGCGCAAGCCGCAGCAGCCUGCGACGCUGGCGAUAAGCGUUUAGCUUUGGUAGGAUGGCGUUUUGAGUCGUGACUCGAUUGUACAUUGGCGGUUGCGAUGUGUGUCCUGGCCAUACAACUGGUGAGGCCGCGGCGCCGCUGGGAUUUGUUCAGACGAGCGGGUUUGCUUCCAUGUUGUUUGGUCGCAAGGAGCAGGCGGGAGCGUGCCAGGAGCGGGUGUGGUGGUCCUGGGCGAAGGCGUGGCGCCGGCGAGUAGCCGAGGUCGCCCGCUGCAGCCCACGCCCCUCGCAAUGGCGGAGAGCGGAUUGUACCGAGGUAGAGCAGAGACAAAUGAGCCGGGUCAUCCGGCAGUUUUGGUUGGUCCCGCGCUGCAGUUUUGCACUGAUCGUGGCCGGGCUGUGGGUGUGGUGUUGGAGUUCCAUCGUCGUUACGGUGCUGUAAGGCGCUGCAAAUGCAUACGCUGCUUGUCCCCUCCUAUCCAUCGAGCGUCGGGAAUUAGUACGCAAUCUGUACGGUCGGGAGAUAACAACAGGGGUGGGUCAUGCAUGCAAGCAGAAUACCUGACCGUGAAAGUAGGCAAUCGGUUAGCGGGACACACGUGGGCUCGCGCUGUCAUCAACUUGAAAAACCCUAAAGUGCUUAGGGCUCGGCCGGGGUGCUCGGCAGUAGCGGACCUGGGGCGGCUCGUGGACUCCAGGGCUCAGGCGCAGUUCAGAGAGGAGCCACAG